AUGCCAGUUAAAAAGCAAGAAGCACACCGAGCGCUGGAACUGCUCGAGGACUACCACUCGCGCCUGUCCAGCCCACAGGACAGAGCACUUCGCAGUGCCAUUGAACGCGUUAUAAGGAUAUUCAAGUCCAGACUCUUCCAGGCGUUGCUUGACAUUCAAGAAUUUUACGAGCUGACUCUGUUGGACGAUUCAAAAUCUAUACAGCAGAAAACGGCAGAAACGUUGCUCAUAGCGAGCAAGUGGGAACAGGACAAUGCCAUCAAAGCGAACGAGGUAACGUACCGUAUUCUGAUACUUUCAGUCCCGAUUUCCGUUUCCCUGUGCAAGAACAAAGAAUGA